GAAAAGUAAAUCAGAGUACCAGUCUACUUAUUGACCUCAAAAUGUACUCUGAUCAGAGCGUCCGAAUGAUUCAGACAUGUAUGUUAUCACUACUUCCGGAUGCUGAUGAUGUGAAUUUCAUAGUGUUUUAUUGAGGAAAUAAAGCCGACAUUGAAUGAUUACCACCAUCAAACGGAUUUAUUUUCAUCUUACCGUAAAUCUCUUUCAAAGUGAAUGUAAAUGACCAUCAGCGAAAAGGAUGUGGAGCUGUUUAGGAGCUGAUCAACUUAAGCUUCUGGUUAGCUUGGCAGUUCUCCUUGUAGCCACUGGUCAGGAACCGUCCAGACCAAACAUUGUGCUAAUAGUAGCUGAUGACUUGGGUUGGAAUGAUGUUGGAUUCCAUGGCUCCGAGAUUAAGACGCCGAACAUUGACAGACUGGCGUAUGAUGGGGUAAUAUUAAACAACUAUUAUGUGUCACCUAUCUGCACGCCAACCAGGGGCAGUCUUAUGACAGGAAGGCAUCCCAUACAUUUGGGUCUGCAACACUAUGUGAUUUCUGCACCGGAACCUUGGGGUCUUCCUCUAAAUUAUACCCUCAUGCCACAACACUUCAAACGCUUGGGAUAUGCUACUCACAUUGUCGGGAAGUGGCACUUGGGUUUCUUCAAGAACGAGUACCUGCCGACAAGUCGAGGGUUUGAUUCACACUUUGGCUACUGGACCGGUAAAGAGGACUACUUUGAUCACAUGGACAUCGAUGGAUUCAAGGGGUUGGACUUCAGGAACAACAUGGCGGUGGUCAACGAUACAUUCUACUCUACAGAACAGUACACGAAACAGGCAGUUAAUAUUAUAGAGACACAUGACAUGUCGAAGCCGCUAUUUCUGUAUCUGGCGCACCAAGCAGUUCACGCUGGAAAUUCUAAUGACCCUGUACAGGCCCCCUCUGAGUAUGUUGACAGAUUCCCAUAUAUUGAAAACAAGAAACGGAGGACAUUUGCAGGUAUGGCAGCUGCCCUUGAUGACUCAAUAGGGGAGGUGGUGCGAAUCUUGAACCACCGUGGAUUAAUGAACAACACCAUCAUUGUGUUUUCGACUGACAAUGGGGGGCCUGCGAACAAUUAUGAUCUCAAUGCUGCCUGUAACUUCCCUCUCAGAGGUACAAAGAACACAAUGUGGGAGGGAGGCCUGCAUGGCGUGGGGUUUAUACACAGUGCUCUCCUAAAACAUCGCCACGUCAAGACCGACAACAUGGUCCAUGUUAGUGACUGGCUUCCCACACUCUACAGUGCUGCAGGGGGCAGCAUAGCUGAUCUUGGCGAUAUUGAUGGACUAGAUUUGUGGGAUAUGAUGAAAAAAGGAGGUGAAAAUGUACGUCACGAGAUUUUGCAUAAUAUUGAUCCAGUCAGCAAGUUUUCAGCAAUACGUGUCGAUGGCUAUAAGCUGAUACAAGGAGAUAUUUCAGGGCACAGAAAUGAUGGUUGGUACUCGUGUACACCACCAACUGACUAUGGGAACAUUACCCAGCAAGUUCAGGAAAAAUACCAUCAUGCAAAUAACCAUUCUAAAGAGAGAUUUACAAGAAAUCCUUAUACUCCUUAUGUUAUAGACUGUGGUCCCCGCCCCAAUACAACAAGUGACUGUGACCCUUAUAGGAAGCCAUGCUUGUUUUACAUUCCCACAGACCCUUGUGAGUACAACGAUGUGGCAGAGUUUAAUCCUGCGAUAGUUCAGAGCAUGUUACGCAGGAUCGAUCAGUAUUCCGCUACUGCUGUUGCACCAGUCAAUAAACCAGAGGAUAAAAAUGCCAACCCUUUAUUCUAUGGGGGAGUGUGGUCUCCUUGGCUGGAUUAGGUGUUAUGUUCAGAUAGAUCUAAUUGUAACCUUAAUACUCUUGCUGUACUUCAUUCAUGCUUACAUGGUCAUAUAUUUAAUUACUGCUCUACCAUUUUAAAGUCCAAAUAGGAGCAACAAAACUUUCUUUUGAAAAACAUAAGUUAAGAUCAAAAUUAAGACAUGAAAUAAAUUUUAUGAAUAAAGUGAUAAAAAAAUACACAAUUAAUAAAAAAAAUUGGCCGGCAGCAGGAUUCAAACACGGAUACUAGAAAUCUGUAGUUGGGGACCAUAUCCAUUACACCUCUGUAGACAGAUACAACCAGAGGGUUUAAUGUAAUAUAUUAACCAAAUUGUGGCGUUAUUUGUCAACUUCGAAAAGAAAAAUUGUCAACAUUUCAAUGAGUAUUGUUUUUGUUCAGGGGUUGUCUGAAUAUACUACAAUAGAACCCAGCUAUCAUUUUGCUAUAAGGUAGUAGGGCAUCUAGAACCUUUAAACCUGAUAUUAAUUUCUAUAUUCAUUUAUUAGCUAAAAAACAAGUGCUUAUUUAUUUGCUUAAUCUGAUGAUUGAUUCUCAUUGAGAAUGUCUUUCCUCCAUGACUAUUCCGCCAACAGUAUUAUGAACAUGUUUCCAGCAGUAUUUUGAACAUGUUUUAAACUAGUGUUUUAAAUAAUGAAAUAGUUGCAUUAUAUUUUUAUUUAACUGACAUGUUUCAUGACUCCAUUUUCCUGUAUUAUAUAUAUAAGACUGUAGUAUUAUGCAUUAUAUACAUAGGCAUAUGUUGAAGCAGGUACUUCGUGUACCAACCAUUUCACAUCAAUUCAUAAAUAAUCACACUGCAUGGAGUAUGUUACAUGACAUAUCCAAAAUUAUUAUGGAAUAUAUUUUCUACCGUUUAUUUUUUAUAGUCUAUUAGUGUAUAUUGUCUUCCUAUUUUAGCAAUAAACUGAGAAACACUG